CUGCAUCUCCUUCACCACCAUCAGUCCUAGCUGUCUUUCUGUGUCUCUGCGUUCUGCGACUGACUCGAUUCUCAAACAGCAGACAAGCAGAUCCGCAUGGCGCUCUACGUGCUUCUAACCGCGCUGCUGCUCCCACUCCAAUGCAUCGGCCUCCUGCUGUUCGCCAAAGGGUUCUUCCCUUACAAACCCGUCUUCCAUGGCUACGCUCCAAUUGAGCCCGACGCGCCGCCUGCUGUUUUCGAUAGUAUGAUAUUCAUGCUGGUCGAUGCUUUGCGGAGUGAUUUUGUGUUUUCGAAUCAGUCGACGAUGGAGUUCACUCAGAGCUUGAUUUUAUCCGGCACCGCCAUCCCAUUCACUGCCCGCGCCGCCCCACCAACAGUCACCCUUCCGCGCAUCAAAGGCCUGACCACGGGCUCGGUCCCGAACUUCCUCGACGCGGUGCUCAACAUCGCCGAGUCGGACGACUCGUCCUCGCUCAAGAACCAGGAUAGCUGGCUGGCGCAGGUCAAGCGGCGGCAGAUGCAGACUGGUCGGUUGGUCAUGUUUGGCGAUGAUACGUGGUUGAAGUUGUUUCCAGGGAUGUUUGAGCGGUCCGAUGGCACUUCUAGUUUUUUUGUCUCGGAUUUUACAGAGGUCGAUAACAAUGUCACUCGGCAUUUAGAUGCAGAACUCGCGGCGACCGACUGGGAUGUCAUGAUCCUACAUUAUCUCGGCGUUGACCAUAUCGGUCACAAAGGAGGCCCCGACAGCCCAUUUAUGCCGCAAAAGCUCAAGGAGAUGGAUGAUAUAAUCCAACGGCUCUACACACACGUAUCCAACAAGCUCGAAACCGACGGCACCUCUACGUUAUUAGUUCUCUGCGGCGACCACGGCAUGAACGAGCUCGGCAACCACGGCGGCUCGUCUGCGGGCGAGACCGCGGCCGCGUUAGUCUUUGCGUCGCCGUUGCUGGCGAAGCUUGAGGCGGAUAACAGAGCGAGCGCGGAGGGGUUUGGGAAUGAUUAUGAGUAUUACUCUGUGAUUGAGCAGAGUGAUGUCGUGCCGACUAUUUCGGGGUUGUUGGGCAAUCCGUUUCCGAUGAAUAACAUUGGGCUUUUCAUUCCACAGUUUUUGGGGUUUUGGAAGGAGUCAGAGCAGCUGAAUCUUCUCAAGCAGAACGCCGAGCAAAUGUAUAGGAUUCUAAAAGCGACCUUUGCCGAGCUCAGUGUGCCAGUCACGACCACGAACCUGGACGCGCUGAUGAAAGGUUCGGAUGUCGAGCGUAUCCACGGACUAUGGCAUACAAUUCAAAGUCCCGAUUUCAUCGACUCCAAAGACUCACGAUCAACGCUCUACAGUUUCCUCGAGACAGGCAGGAACCUGCUCGCGCGGACUUCGAGUAAUUACGACAUCCCAAGCAUGCUCAUCGGGAUCCUCAUCAUCGCGUGGAUCGCGGUGACGCUUUAUCGACGGGCAGUCACGUCGACGUCUUCUGACUUCGUCACCAAAGCUGCGUUCUCGGUCAUCUUGCUCGGUCAUGGACUCGCGAUGUUUGGAAGUAGCUUGGUUGAGGAGGAGCAGUAUUUUUGGUAUUGGGCGGCUAGUGCAUGGUUCAUUGUUCAGUUUUCGGUCGCUGCUCGAUAUAAAUCUCAGCGAGCGGCAGUUUGCUGGCUUGCCCUGAGCGCCGUGAUGUUCGCGGUCAGACACUACCACCACACCGGCCAGAAAUUCGCCGGUUCGUUCGACAUUGCCAGUUUCCUUGCUCUUGACUUUUCCACCAGCUUGCUCUGGCUUUUGAUUAUAGCCGAGCACCUGCUGAUUUUUAAGAACCUCCAGUUCUACGUUUUCACCGAGACGGGCUCGAUCGCAGGGUUCGUGUGCUCUUUCACGCCCGUCGCCAGCUUGUUUUCGUUCAAGCUCUCGAUGGCGCUCGAGGCUGGGGAAGCUGUGCCGAGGUAUUUGAUUGCUCUUGUUCCGGUAUCGAUCGGUGCAGAAGGAUUGAAUAAACGGGCACAGGCGGCCUUUCUUGCUUUCGGGAUCUGUCUCAUCUUCCACAUUGUCUCGUCUGUGUGGAAUCUGAAGAAGGAUGCCUUCAAAUUCAUCCGCGGCGUGUUUCACAUUGUUGAACUGCUGCUAGUGCUUGAGUCGAGCACUGUGAAUAUUCCUAUUUUCCUGCUCUACGGUGCCGCGCAUUCGAUCCUGCGUCGCUACGCUUCGUAUUCGACCUCGACGUCCAUGUCGAUAGUGCUCACCGGCCUGAUCUGGCAACAAGUCUCAUUCUUCGCGUCCGGUAACUCAAACUCGCUUGCGUCCUUGGACUUAUCGAACGCGUACAACGGAAUCUCUGGAUUCAGCACCGUGCUCGUCGGCAUCUUGCUGUUUAUCAGUAACUGGGCCGGUCCGAUCUACUUCACGCUCUCGACCGUCGUGCAACUAUCGAUUUUCCAAACGCGACACAGCAGCAGCAGCAGCUCGGCCUACUCUUCGAUCGAGGAGCUGGUUACGACCGACUACCUCUCCGUGAUGCACGCGUUCCACGCGCACUCGCUGCUCGCAGUCAUGCUCGCGUGCUUGAUCUUGCGCUCGCAUUUGUUUAUCUGGACCGUGUUUUCGCCUAAACUGCUGUAUACUGCUGCGUGGUUUAUACUACAGCAGGGCGUGGUGGAUACAUUUGGAGGACUGGCGCUUUCUAUCAUUGCCGAGGCCUUGUGAAUGUUUACUCUAUAGAAUCAAAAGUUCCUGUGCAUAGCUUUUUGUUUUGUUAGACGUUGGUUGUAUCUAUUUCCUAAUAAAGAGGUCGAAACCCUACAAGGAAGCGUAAGGGUUUAGUGUGCAGGCUCUUUAAAGGCGCC